AAUAUAUAUUCAGCUAAAUCCGUGAUUCUGCUAGCUUGACUAGUUAGGCUCACAUACGAUCCUGUAAAAUUACGAGCUUAAAGCUUUUUAGAAUGUUUUUAAAAUUUUGAUUUCAACGACACACUUUUCAACGACACCGCGCCCGUAACGUUUUGCUAGAGGCCCCCAGAACCGACCAUUCGCUCGAGUGUAGCACUAGCAAGUGAGAUGCAGCCGGUCCGAUCAUCAGACUUGUCUCAAAACCACGAUGAAGAAUCAUCAUCUGAUCAAGGCAACUUAGUGGGGCAGCGUGCCCUGUCUGCUGAAGCCACAGGAGGCUGUCAGACAGAAGCGUCAUGUAAUGACAUCACCGCAGAAAAAAUGAAAGGGGCCUCAUGCACCGAGAACAACAUAGAGCAGCACGCAGAAGUACUGUCCGAGGACAUUUUAGCACAAGUAGCAGAAAUUGAAGCACAUGCUGCCACUAAACCAGUAAAAACAGCUGUACCAAAAAGAAGGCCUAAAAGAACAGCAGCAGUAUGGACAAAUGGGGAUCUGUGCCUUCAAGCAGUGGAACUAAGCCGCCCAGCCCCAAUUGCUGAGAAGGCUAAACAGUUCCGCCAUGAGAACCUUUAUGGAGGUCGGAUUCACAGAAUGUCAGUUGGGGAUUUUCUUGGGCUGCAGAAGAAGAAAGCAGUCAGGAGAAGAGCGAUGAAAGUGGUUGUCUAAUGCGACUAAUGUUUUGUGUUUUUACCAAGCAGUUGCAUCCAUUAUGUAUAUAUGGAGAUCACGUUUAUAAUAAUAAACUCUUUCACUGACA